AUGCAUUUUGUGACUACUUUGCAACUGCAAUUUUGGAGAAAGUUUGAUGGGCCUUACUACAGUUGGAAGGUUACUCCACAGCACAUUCAAGAGCGAUACUUCACGACAUUUGCGCGGAAGUAUAAUUGGGAUAUCGGGAUUACUGAGCUUGUUAAAGAAGGUUUCUUGAAGAUAGCAAAGAGCAGGAUGAAAGGCAUUGUCAGUCAAGUUAGGAGGAGUGGUGUACAACCACCAUGGAUUGGUGAUAAAGUAUGGCCUAUUAUGUGCGAAUAUUGGAACACCCCUGAUGCCAUGGAGAGGAGUGAGAAUGCUUCUCAUUGCAGAAACUCGGACCGUGGAGGCCUUGGAGUGCACAAACACUUAGCUGGUCAGAAAUCAUAUGUACAAAUUCAUCAAGAAAUGGAGGAAGAGCUGGGGCGUCCUGUAUCACUGGUCGAAGUGUUUCUUAAAACACACACUCGGCCAGAUGGAUCAUUUGUGGAUCAAAAAGCCAAACAAGUUGCUGAGACCUAUGAGAAGACCAUAGAAGACAGACAAACUGACAUGGACAAUGAUGGUCCAGAUUGUUCAGAGAGUUCAACACAUCGAACUCUUUCCCUUGAAGAAAGAAAUGAGAUCUUCCUUGAGUGUACUCAAACAGAUAACAGAGGUAACCCAUUUGGCCUUGGAUCACUUGUUGAGACACUAAGGAAAGGAAAAAGGAAAGAGAGUUAUGCGAGCUCUUCUGCAGCAACUCUUGCGGAGCUUCAAGAUCAACUUCGGCGCAAGAUAUCUGAACAUGAGUCUGAGAAUGCACGACGUGAUCAGGAACACCGAGAGUCUCAAGCUGUGAUCAACAAGCUUGUCCUCUUCAUCUCUGAAAAAAUUCCUGAAUACUCAGCUUUUACGGUUCCUCCUCCUGCAGCCACCCAACCAGCUAUCGCGCCUACAACCACUGCACAACCCAUCGAUGGAGGCACCACACCACCCUCCAGUCCAGCUGCACAAACCCCUACCUCUAAUACUUCUUCCAACUAA